UCUGACCGGAGCUGAGUUUCCAUUCGGGAGGUGAAGAGAACGAGGGAGGAAAGAGCGUCCGCGCAGCAGCGGUGCCCGUUGGUGUUUGAGUCGCGGGCUUGUGGUCCAGUGGAAGCAUUCGCUCCCCAAGCACAAGGAAAUCGCGAGGCUGGAGUCGGUGGCCUCGAGAGACCCGCACCAGGAGGAUCAGGAUGUUCCUGUGAUAUCUGGGUUGUUCUCUCUAGUUUGACAUAUAAAUUGGCUGACCGGGCUCUCUUUCUCGUUUGCAGUACUUGAAGAGCACUGGCUACAAGCUCAACGAUGCUGUAGAAUCUUAUUUCAUGAGCACCGGAGGCGCACCUGCACAUGGCAAGGAGACACAGCUUAACGAGCUGUUCGACAAGUUGAAGGGUGCCGAAGACAGUAAAGAUGCGCUCGACGCAGACUCGACAAUGUCGUAUUUCCAGAACCUUGGUGCGAACCUCGAAGACGCCUCCCUCUUCAUCGCCUUAGAACUCGUCCAAGCAGAGAAUAUUGGUCAAAUAACUCGUGAAGGUUUCGUCAAGGGAUGGGCAUCAACACCGGCGGAAGCGAGUCUGAGCUCACAGAAACAAUACUUCUCACAGCUCGAGAGCAACUUGUCGAGGGAUCCGGAUCUCUUCAGAAAAGUCUACCGCCAUGCUUUUGUGGCUGGCAAGGAGGCCGACCAGCGGGCACUGUCCCUUGAGAAUGCCACCAUCUAUUGGGAUAUGCUUUUUGCAGCACCCGGCUUCAGCUGGGUUGGACGGACGAGCGGCGUCAACUGGCUGGCACAGUGGAAAGCUUUCCUUGAGGAGAAAUGGACAAGGUCGGUGAGCAGGGACAUGUGGCAGCAAGUGCAGGUAUUCGCUGCCAAGAGCGCCGAGGACGAGUCGUUAAGCUUCUACAGCCCAGAAGGAUCAUGGCCUGGUGUCAUCGACGACUUUGUCGCGUGGUAUCGAUCCAAGAAUGCCAUGGAAAUUGACGCCUGAUGUCUGCAUCCGCGCGAAUCGAGGCCACCCCGCGACAGGAGCAGGUAUCAAAUAUAUGAGGCCAUAACUGGCGGCGCUUGUGGGGCAUAUGAAACCGGACGAACAUAAUGAUGACACGAACAAUACAAAUCAAGACCAUCUCAUUGUCCUAUAGUCUCACGAAGGUCCGAGCUGUGUCUGUCUCUUUGAUCAUG